CCGCUCCUCCGCCUGCCCGCAUGGCGCUCACCCGCUUCUGCGGCCCCGGCGGCGGCGGCUCCCCCAACCCGCUCUGGGACUGGAACGUAACGUGGUACACCUACAAUCCUGACUUCACCAAGUGCUUUCAGAACACAUUCCUGGUGUGGGUGCCCUGUGUCUACCUCUGGACAUGUUUCCCGCUCUAUUUCCUCCAUCUCUGCCGUCACGACAGGGGCUACAUCCAAAUGACACAUCUCAACAAAGCCAAAACUGCCUUGGGCUUUUUACUGUGGAUAGUCUGCUGGGCAGACCUGUUCUACUCUUUCUGGGAAAGAAGUCAGAGCAUUUUCCGGGCUCCGGUUUUUCUCAUCAGCCCGACUCUUUUGGGCGUAACAAUGCUGCUUGCUACUUUUCUAAUACAGUGUGAGAGAAGGAAAGGAGUCCAGUCCUCAGGGGUCCUGCUGAUUUUCUGGCUCAUAGCCCUGCUGUGUGCCGUCGUCAUUUUUCGAUCCAAAGUCCUGCAUUCCUUGAAAGUGGAUGCGGAAGUCGAUGUGUUCCGUGACAUCACCUUCUACAUUUAUUUUACCUUGGUGCUGGUUCAGUUGAUACUGUCCUGCUUCUCAGACCGGUCUCCUCUGUUUUCGGAAACCAUCAAUGAUCCCAAUCCCUGCCCUGAAUCUGGUGCCUCGUUCCUUUCUAGAAUUACCUUCUGGUGGAUUACUGGGUUGAUGGUUCAGGGAUAUAAACGCCCAUUGGAGGCCUCAGACCUGUGGUCCCUGAAUAGAGAGGACACAUCUGACCAAGUGGUUCCUGUCCUGGUGAAGAAUUGGGCGAAAGAAUGCUCCAAGUCCAAAAGGCAGUCCUUAAAAAUUGUGUACGCUCCCCAAGAUCCCGGGAAGCUAAAAACAGGCUCGAAAGGAGAUGUGAAUGAAGAAGCGGAAGCACUGAUUGUAAAGCCCUCAAAGAGGGACAAGGAGCCGUCUCUCUUUAAGGUGUUAUAUAAAACCUUUGGGCCCUACUUUCUUAUGAGCUUCCUGUUUAAAGCCCUCCACGAUCUGAUGAUGUUCGCUGGCCCGGAAAUCUUAAAAUUGCUGAUCAACUUUGUGAGUGACAAAGAUGCCCCAGAUUGGCAGGGCUACCUCUACACUGGGCUUCUCUUUGUGAGUGCUUGCCUGCAGACUCUAGUCCUGCACCAGUACUUCCACAUCUGCUUUGUGAGCGGAAUGCGGAUCAAAACUGCCGUUAUCGGUGCCAUCUAUCGCAAGGCACUGGUCAUUACCAAUUCUGCGAGGAAGUCUUCCACCGUGGGAGAGAUCGUCAACCUCAUGUCCGUGGACGCGCAGAGGUUCAUGGAUUUGGCCACCUACAUCAACAUGAUCUGGUCUGCUCCUCUGCAGGUCAUCCUGGCCCUCUACCUCCUGUGGCUGAAUUUAGGCCCUUCUGUUCUCGCUGGUGUGGCUGUGAUGAUUCUUAUGGUUCCCAUCAAUGCUGUGAUGGCCAUGAAGACCAAAACCUACCAGGUGGCCCACAUGAAGAGCAAAGACAACCGGAUUAAAUUAAUGAACGAAAUCCUCAACGGGAUCAAAGUCCUGAAACUGUACGCCUGGGAGUUGGCCUACAAGAAGAAAGUUUUGGAGAUCCGGCAGGAAGAGCUGAAGGUGCUGAAGAAAUCUGCUUACCUGGGAGCAGUGGGCACCUUCACUUGGGUCUGCACUCCUUUCCUGGUGGCUCUCUGCACGUUUGCCGUGUACAUGACCAUAGAUGAGAACAACGUCUUGGAUGCCCAGAAAGCAUUUGUUUCUUUGGCCUUAUUCAACAUCCUUCGCUUCCCACUCAAUAUUCUGCCGAUGGUCAUCAGCAGCAUAGUACAGGCAAGUGUUUCCCUUAAGCGUCUCAGAAUAUUUCUCUCCCACGAAGAACUGGAGCCAGACAGCGUAGUGAGAUGCUCUGCGAAGAAUGCUGGGGGGAACAGUAUCAGCGUGACGAAUGCAACGUUUACUUGGUCAAGGAAUGACCCUCCAACUCUGACUGGCAUCACCUUUGCGGUGCCAGAGGGCUCCCUGAUCGCCGUGGUGGGCCAGGUUGGCUGUGGGAAGUCCUCCCUGCUGUCUGCCCUUUUGGCCGAGAUGGACAAAGUGGAGGGGCACGUGGCUAUCAAGGGCUCCGUGGCUUACGUCCCCCAGCAGGCGUGGAUCCAGAACGCUUCACUGAGGGAGAACAUCCUUUUUGGCCGGCAGCCUGAGGAGCGACACUACAAGCAAGUGAUUGAGGCCUGUGCCCUUCUGCCAGACCUGGAAAUCUUGCCCAGUGGGGAUCGGACGGAGAUUGGGGAGAAGGGUGUGAAUCUUUCCGGCGGUCAGAAGCAGAGAGUCAGCCUGGCCCGCUCGGUGUACUGUGACACCGACAUAUACCUGUUAGACGACCCCCUCUCCGCGGUGGAUGCCCACGUGGGGAAACACAUCUUCGAGAAAGUUAUCGGACCCAAAGGACUGCUGCGAAACAAGACAAGAAUCCUGGUAACUCACAGCAUCAGUUACCUGCCUCAGGUGGAUAAGAUCAUCGUGAUGAGCGAGGGCAAGAUUUCUGAGAUGGGCUCUCACCAGGAGCUCCUGGAGCGAGAUGGAGCCUUUGCGGAGUUCCUGCGAACGUACGCCAACGCAGAGCAGAGCCCGGAGGACGGGGAAACCAACAGCCCGGGAGUGAAAGAAGUGAAACCGAUGGAAAAUGGGGUCCUUGUGAUGGAAGGCUCCGGGAAGCAGUUGAAUAGGCAGCUCAGCAACUCUUCCACGUACAGCUCGGACACAGGAAAGCACCAAACCAGCACGGGAGAGCUGCACAAAGCAGAAACCGACAAGAACGCUUGGAAGCUGAUGGAGGCCGACAAAGCCAAGACUGGACAGGUAAAGCUGUCGGUGUACUGGGAAUAUAUGAAAGCUAUCGGCCUUUUUAUCUCUUUUCUGAGCAUCUUCCUUUUUAUAUGUAAUCAUGUAGCCGCCCUGGCUUCCAACUACUGGCUCAGUUUAUGGACUGACGACCCUGUGGUCAAUGGGACUCAGCAGUACACAGACGUCAGGCUGGGCGUCUACGGAGCACUGGGCAUUUCGCAAGGUAUCGCUGUGUGCGGCUACUCGAUAGCCGUGUCGAUCGGGGGCAUCUACGCCUCCCGGCGCCUACACCUGGACCUCCUCCACAGCGUUCUCCGCUCCCCCAUGAGCUUCUUUGAGCGCACACCCAGCGGGAACCUGGUGAAUCGGUUCGCUAAGGAGCUGGACACUGUGGAUUCCAUGAUCCCCCAGAUCAUCAAGAUGUUCAUGAGCUCUCUGUUCAAUGUCAUUGGCGCCUGCAUCAUCAUCCUGCUGGCCACACCCAUCGCUGCCGUCAUCAUCCCGCCCCUGGGGCUGAUCUACUUCUUCGUACAGAGGUUUUACGUCACGUCUUCCCGCCAGCUGAAGCGCCUGGAGUCGGUCAGCCGCUCCCCGGUGUACUCGCAUUUCAACGAGACCCUCCUGGGCGUCAGUGUCAUCCGGGCCUUUGAGGAGCAGAAGCGGUUCAUCCAGCAGAGCGACCUGAAGGUGGACGAGAACCAGAAAGCGUACUACCCCAGCAUUGUGGCCAACAGGUGGUUAGCUGUCCGGUUGGAGUGUGUCGGGAACUGUAUCGUCCUCUUUGCAGCCCUGUUCGCCGUGAUCUCCAGACACAGCCUGAGCCCGGGCCUGGUUGGCCUCUCUGUGUCCUACUCCCUACAGGUGACCGCUUACUUGAACUGGCUUGUGCGCAUGUCAUCCGAGAUGGAGACGAACAUCGUCGCUGUGGAGAGGCUCAAGGAGUACUCGGAAACAGAGAAGGAGGCACCUUGGCAAAUUGAGGAGACGGCCCCAGCCCCCGACUGGCCUCAGGAGGGCAAAGUGGAAUUCCGAGACUUUGGGCUACGCUACAGGGAAGACUUGGAUUUAGUCCUGAAGAAUAUCAACAUCACCAUUGACGGGGGCGAGAAGGUUGGGAUCGUGGGGCGGACAGGAGCUGGGAAGUCUUCGCUCACGCUGGGGCUGUUCCGCAUCAAUGAAUCGGCGGAAGGAGAGAUAAUCAUCGAUGGGGUCAACAUCGCCAAGAUCGGGCUGCAUCACCUCCGCUUCAAGAUCACCAUCAUCCCCCAGGAUCCUGUCCUGUUCUCCGGCUCCCUACGCAUGAACUUGGACCCAUUUGACCAGUACACGGAUGAGGACGUCUGGAGGUCGCUGGAGCUGGCUCACCUGAAGAACUUUGUGUCGCUGCUUCCUGACAAACUGAAUCACGAAUGCACCGAAGGCGGGGAGAACCUGAGCGUCGGGCAGCGCCAGCUCCUGUGCCUUGCCCGGGCCCUGCUGAGAAAAACCAAGAUCCUGGUGCUGGACGAAGCCACUGCCGCCGUGGACCUGGAGACGGACGAUCUGAUCCAGUCCACCAUCAGGACGCAGUUCGACAACUGCACCGUGCUCACCAUAGCCCAUCGGCUCAACACCAUCAUGGAUUAUACCAGGAUUCUAGUUUUGGAUAAAGGGGAAAUUGUGGAGUGUGGUUCCCCCAGCGACUUGCUGCAGAAGAAAGGCGUUUUCUACAGUAUGGCCAAAGAUGCCAGCUUGGUAUGAGGACUGCCGCUUUCUCGUCUGGACGGAACAAAAUGGAACUGACGUUUGCCUUAGAUGCGGAGAGGACUCAGCAGGCUCUGCUUCUCACUCUUUUGCUGUUCAAACCAAAAAGCAGUCACUCACGACGCGCCCCUUACCUAACCAGAUAGUUUUUGAGUAGGUGGGAUUUCUUUCUCUCUCACACAUACAGAUAUCACCUACCCUUAUGCAUCCACGCACACAUACACUCAUACUGUGCAAUCUGAUGUUCUUUAAGGUGUCUUUCCCAGGUCUUCGCGUUGCAGCCAGACCUAAGGGGAGAUUGGUUGUACGUAGUAAGUAGGCUAGUGACCAAAUUGUGGACGUGGCCUCAGAUGGAUCUGAGGGCUCGUUCGACUCUUCCCAGUCCUUUGCUUCCACCCCCCCGCCUCCCUCCUUCUCGUGGGUUUCCCUUUCUCGAGGUCUCUGCCACGUGAAGUUGAAGAGCUUGCUGGCCGAACCCAGGUUUGCCAUUUUGGAGUGUAGACUAUCCCGACGGACUGGCCGGUGACCCGUGGUUCAGGCUUUCUGCCGAUACCCUUGGGAUGUACUCUAUACUGUCUGCAGGCAGGCUUUAGAAACGGACACUUAGUCGCCCUUGACAGCACCUUUCGAGUUCACCGUCUCUUCAGCUCCGUGUGGCUUGGAGAGGCUGAAGACCAGCCGACGUCCUACUGCAUCACGGCAGCGCCUGGGACGGUGGCUUUUCUGGCUCAAGAGGAAAGUGACCCGGGGGGUCAGAGGCCUCCCGAAUCUGGAUAUCGGCCAUAGAUUUGGUUGGCAACUCUCUUUUCCCCCCGUCCCCUAUUUCCCUAUGUUGAGAAAACACACAGGGAUGUUGUGAGGAAAAGUAAACGAUUGCAAAGCACUCCAGAGGGUGUCAUAGCCACCCUGAGAGCACAGUGGAGUAUUCCCGUAUCUUUUCCCAAAUCCCGAAAUUGUUCUCCGCCCUCUGUCCUCGGAACCCGUAAUCGGGCCGUGGAGGUUUUUGUUCUCAGUGCCGGGUUCGUGUCCAGAAAACAAAAGCCCCACGAAGGUCGGCCGGCAGCUUUUGAUUUUUGUUUCUCGUCACCGUUUCCGUAAAGCGGGUGGCUGCAAACCUUUGCUGUGCUGCUUUGUAGGUAAAGGAACGUUUGACCGAGCCUCACUCCCUGUAGACUUCUAGAUGCUCAUCAGCUGGGCUUUGCAUGCUCCUGGCUGUUGGGAUGUUCUGAGGAGGAUAUGAAAGAAAUGCAGGCCCAGGUGGAGAUUGACGUACAAAAUGCCAUGGCCAGACAGACUGAACUCCGAUGCGCUCUGAGGUUCAGAUUUUGGGCGAAUCGUUGCCGAAUCCAAAACUAGAGAAGUGUUUUCUCUUGAGACGAUAACAAAAAUAUUUAUUUUUUUGUAAGUUAUACGAGUCUUUAAAACUGAACAGGCCAAGUUUUCCUUGGACAUCUUUUUGUAAUGACUGUACUGGAAACAUGGAUAUUUGCCGAUCAUUUGCAGUAAAUUUUUUGGUUCGUUUGAAAACA